GAGUCAACGAGUAAAUGGCAGAAAGGAAAGCUAGUAAGAAGGUGCAAAGAGCGAAUGGCACAAUACGAGCGCCUGUUCGCGUUAAUCAGAGUCGUGACGGGGGAGAGAAAAAGCUCCCCGCUCUCCUUUGAAGACUAGCGGGCCAGUCAAAGCAGCUCCUGCGAAAUUCGUCUCGGUUGCUGGCUUUGGGGGAAGCAAGGCGGAAGCUCGCGAUGGGAGCGCCGGAGACAAGGGCAAAAAGAGCGCGAGCAGCGGCGAGCGAGGAGCAGCAGCAGCAGGAGGAGGAGGAGAAAGUGGGCAGCUCAAAGGGUGCCGGCGCCAAAAGUCCGGUCCAGGUUUUGCCUGCAGCCCCGGGCAUCAGCAAUAGCGGCGGCGGCGGCGGCAGGAGCCAGAGGCAGCCCUUUGCAAUGUGGUCCGCCUGUCUCGGUCCUUGCAGCGCGAGGAUGUAGAGGUGGGUUUGCCGAGAAGAAAUCGCUGGCGUGGGAGAGGGAGAGAGAGCGAGCAAAGGAAGAGAAAAAGAGAGGAAGCGCUGCUUCCGCCCGCUGCCGCUAGCUUGACCAACUUGUCUCCAACCCCCCCCACCGACUUGGCUAUCGCGAUCUCUCCCUUCUCUGCCCGCGACCCCUUUGGUUCGGGGUUUGAGGCGGCCACCCCGGAUGCGCUCGGCGGGGAGGCGGCUGCCCCCGGGAUCCCUUUCUUCACAGGGAUACCUUUGGGGCAGGUGUUAAGACCAACAACAGCAGGCGGCGGCAGCAGCAGCGGCAUCACCAUUACGGUGUGCGCUCCGGAUUUGGAUCUUUAAUCCGGCUGGCGACAGCGCGCGCGUAACACGCACACACGGACUGCCCGGAGUGGCGGCGGCGGCGGCGGCAGCAGCAGCUCCCAUUUCUCUCCCUUGUUCGCUGCGGCUGCUCCUCUCUGGCUGGGGAUCGGUCUGCCUCCGCUCUCUUUUAUGCAAAACAUAACUACAAAGGAGAGACAGAAGAGGCCACCUGCACAAGAGGGUCCUCUAAGAAAGACUGCCCAUCUGGAGAGUGGGAAGGACCCAUGAUCAUGUUGAUGGAUUUCAUAUGAAGUACCGUAUAGUCUGCUGUCCUCAAUAGAAGAACAGGCCAUCCAUCUGUUUUUUUGUUUUUGUUUGAGCUGAAAUCCUAAGAGGCCGUAUGUUACAUAGAAAGCCUGCAGGAGAUGUUGUAAUGGCCCUGAGAUUGCACUGAAGACACACUUCAUCCCCUCCACAUUAUUAUUAUAUAUAUAUUGGGUCAUUGGUGUUACUAAUUUUGUGGUGGUUGAUUAUUUUCCACAAUUGACCCGGGUCUUGUUUUAUCUAAUCUCUUUUUUUAAAAAAGAUGUCUGAUCCUGGCUCUCACCAAGACACUGGUAUCAAGCCAGGCCUUUUGGAAAAAAGCAACACCUCAGAGGACUCUCAGCCCUCGAUCAAUUUAGAGAGGAGAAACAAAAGUGGAAUCAUAAGUGAACCUUUAAACAAAAGCCUGAAGAAGUCCCGUCCACUCUCCCACUACUCUGCUUUUGGUAGCACCAGCUCCAUAAGCGAACAUUCAGAGAAAGCUGCCCCCAUACCCAAUGGCAACGAAGCAACUAUGGAUAAAAGUAAUUCUACCUCAAAGCACAAAAACAUCUCUGACAUGCUGAGCAAAUCAGAUCUUUCUCCAGAAGGACAGAACAUCCUGCAACAGUUUGCUCAGUCCACGGAGCUGCUGAAAAGAGUCGUCCAGGAGCACAUUCCUUUGCCUAAUGACCAUGGGACGGGCCUCUCGGACAUGGAAGCUGUCUCAGCUGCAGAAACAAUGAACAGCCCGUCCGAUUUUCCUUACCUGGGGGCAUUUCCUAUCAACCCUGGCCUUUUUAUUAUGACCCCUGCUGGUGUGUUUCUAGCAGAGAGUGCGCUCCAUAUGGCUGGCUUAGCAGAGUAUCCAAUGCAGAACGAAUUGGCAUCUGCCAUCAAUUCAGGGAAAAAGAAACGGAAACGAUGUGGCAUGUGCCCUCCUUGCCGAAGACGGAUAAACUGUGAGCAGUGCAGCAGUUGUAGGAACCGUAAAACUGGGCACCAGAUUUGCAAAUUCCGAAAAUGUGAGGAACUUAAAAAGAAGCCUUCUGCUGCACUGGAGAUGGAAGGCUGAAGGAAGUCUGCUUAAGGCCACUUGAAAGUGAUGCUUCCUACAGGCGCUGCAUUCCGAUGGUUUCAGUAGGAACAAGAAUCCCAAAGCUCUGUCAUCCAGUGCAAUGUCACUGCUUGCUUGUGUUGUCUCAGGCAAGGCAUUUUUUGGCGGAAAUGAAUGGAUGCGCCUAUGUCUCCUUUAGAACCAAAAAUAUUUUCUCGCAGAUUUCAUUCCUAUUUUUUUUAAAUAAUUUUUUUUGGCAUUUGUUUAACAUCUUUGAGUACUAGUAAAAGAAACAUUAACUGCUUUUCAAAUAAUUUUUAAAAAAAGAAUCCAUAAAGUACCAAGACGUAAUAGAGUAUGGACAAUCAAUCAAUUUAUUUUCCUGUGUUAUGGUGUUGAUGUUGUUUAUGUGUGGAAGAUGCAGUUCUUGUGUAGAGAAUGUAAAUUUACAGUAACCUUUUAAAUCUAGUUACCAAUAAGCACUACUGUAAUUAGCACAGCUGUUUACUCAUUCAUUUUUUUUUGUUUGAUUAAUUUCCAUCAUUAAAGAAAAAUAGUGUGGCUAGUUUCUAGAAUGCCUCAAACUUCAUGUUUAUAAAUGAGAAUAUGUUUAAACUAAAGUAGUUUUCCUCUCCCUAACCAUACACAUAAAAUAAGGUUUAAUCUGCAAGAUGUUUGAUAUUAAAAAGUGAAAGUGUAACGAAAACUGGCAGGUCUUUAAAGUAAAACAAAUUAAUAAUUAUGUUUAGAUUUUUUUUAAAAAAAGAAAAGAAAACCUGCACACUAGAUUAAACCCAGUGCUAAUUGCAAUGAUUCUCUUUUAGAAACCAUUUGAAAAUGUUACUGGAAUUCAGAUGUAACCUGUUGCAGAACCUAUACUGAGAACAUUUAUGACAAGACUUUUCUGUUCAAAAGUUGUCUCCUGCUUUCUCACCAUCACUAACUGAAAGGCUGUUUGUAAUGUUCUAGCAAUUCAGGCUGUUUUGUGAAUAAAAAUGAAAGCAUGUUUUGUGUCA